AUGAUCUACCGCCGCGAUACGCGAAGAUGGCAGAGAAUCCGCGCCUUCAGGCCAUGGAUGCGGUUCAAAGGCAAGUUCCUCAAGCUCAUACACCUUACCAUCAAAUGCGGAGCCGACAUCCACAGAGUUCACAAGAUCAUCGUGUGCAAGCAAGUAGCCUUCUUCACUGGAGCUCUCAAAUUCGGUGGCAAGGAAGCGCAGACAGAUGUCAUUGAUCUCCCCGAGGACGAACCGAACGUAAUCGCCUCUCUCAUCGAAUAUCUUUACACGGAGCUAGCAGUCAAGUACUUUGAGGUCGCUUGCCAGAGGUUUUGGGACGUGGAGUCUUUCUCCGUCGCCGUCGACCACGUCUUUUCUUCGACCCUUCCCGAGGACACCGGCUUGAGGUCGAUAAUUAUCGAUACCGUGUCUAACAACAUGGUCCUUAUGCACAAGACGGAAAUACGGGCUAUGCCAUCGAAGAUGAAGAGGGUCAUGACCGGCGACACCACCGGCAAGGCCGGCGCGAAUGAGGAAGAAGCUGAUGAAGGCAAGGGUGCUGGAGACGAAGAAAUUGGUGCUCUCUGA